CGCUCAGGAUGGCGCGAGCUGAGUAGCGGCUCGGAGGAAGCUCUUUGGAAGCUGUGGCCGGCCGACCUGCUUCCGCGCCCUCCCGCGACCCCAUUGCUACCGCGCUGGCACCGAGGGCGGCCGGUGACGCGGAGGCGGCACGUGUCCCACACCCGUCUGCGGCCGCGCUAGGGUACCGGGCCUGGCUCGCCCGCUGGCCGGCAUCGCCCGCGGCUGCCACCUGUGGAGGGCGCGGCUGCCCUGCGGGCCCGCGGGCCCGCGGAGGGGGCUCGGCGACAUGUGUCCCGCGCUGCAGGACCCGCUGCAACCCGGAGGUAUGAAGAAAACACUUCAGGAUGAGAUUGAAGCCAUUCUGAGGAAGAGGAUUAUGGUGCUUGAUGGCGGAAUGGGGACCAUGAUCCAGCGGUACAAGCUAAGUGAAGAAAAGUUCCAAGGUCAAGAAUUUAAAGACCAUGCCAAACCACUGAAAGGCAACAAUGAUAUUUUAAGUAUAACUCAACCUGAUAUCAUUUACCAAAUCCAUAAGGAAUACUUGGUGGCUGGAGCAGAUAUCAUCGAAACAAAUACUUUUAGCAGCACUAGUAUUGCCCAGGCUGACUAUGGCCUUGAACACUUGGCUUACCGGAUGAACAAGUGCUCUGCAGGUGUGGCCAGAAAAGCUGCUGAAGAGAUAACUCGACAGACAGGAAUCAAGAGGUUUGUUGCAGGAGCUCUGGGCCCAACUAAUAAGACACUCUCUGUGUCUCCAUCUGURGAAAGACCAGAUUUUAGGAACAUCACGUUUGAUGAGCUUGUUGAAGCAUACCAAGAGCAGGCCAGAGGACUUCUGGAUGGUGGAGUUGAUAUCUUACUCAUUGAAACUAUUUUUGAUACUGCUAAUGCCAAGGCAGCCUUGUUUGCACUCCAGAAACUUUUUGAAGAGAAUUAUGCUCCCCGGCCUAUCUUUAUCUCAGGGACAAUUGUUGAUAAAAGUGGACGGACUCUUUCUGGACAGACCGGAGAGGCAUUUGUCAUCAGUGUGUCUCAUGCAGACCCACUCUGCAUUGGAUUAAAUUGUGCUCUGGGUGCAGCUGAAAUGAGACCUUUUAUUGAAACCAUUGGAAAAUGUACGACAGCRUAUGUUCUCUGUUAUCCCAAUGCAGGUCUUCCCAACACUUUUGGUGACUAUGAUGAAACACCUUCCAUGAUGGCCAUGCACCUCAAGGACUUUGCAGUGGAUGGCUUGGUCAAUAUUGUUGGCGGAUGCUGUGGUUCAACACCAGAUCAUAUCAGGGAAAUUGCUGAAGCUGUGAAAAAUUGCAAGCCUAGAGUUCCACCUGCCACUGUUUUUGAAGGACAUAUGUUACUAUCUGGUCUAGAGCCCUUCAGGAUUGGACCAUACACCAACUUUGUUAACAUUGGAGAGCGCUGUAACGUUGCAGGAUCCAGGAAGUUUGCUAAACUCAUCAUGGCAGGAAACUAUGAAGAAGCCCUGAGUAUUGCCAAAUUGCAAGUGGAAAUGGGAGCCCAGGUGCUGGAUAUCAACAUGGAUGAUGGCAUGCUAGAUGGUCCCAGUGCAAUGACUAGAUUUUGCAACUUGAUCGCUUCUGAGCCCGACAUUGCCAAGGUGCCCUUGUGCAUUGACUCUUCCAAUUUUGCUGUGAUUGAAGCUGGGUUAAAGUGCUGCCAGGGAAAGUGCAUCGUCAACAGCAUUAGUUUGAAGGAGGGAGAGGAGGACUUCUUGGAGAAGGCCAGGAAAAUUAAGAAGUUUGGAGCUGCUGUGGUGAUUAUGGCUUUUGAUGAAGAAGGACAGGCGACAGAAACAGAUGUCAAAAUCAGUAUAUGCACCCGAGCCUACCAUUUACUUGUGAAAAAACUGGGCUUUAAUCCAAAUGACAUCAUCUUUGACCCCAACAUCCUCACCAUUGGUACUGGAAUGGAAGAACAUAACUUGUAUGCUAUAAAUUUUAUCCAUGCAACUAAAGUCAUUAAAGAAACUUUACCAGGAGUCAGAAUAAGUGGAGGUCUUUCCAAUUUGUCCUUCUCCUUCCGAGGAAUGGACGCCAUCCGAGAAGCAAUGCAUGGGGUUUUCCUUUACCACGCAAUCAAGUUUGGUAUGGAUAUGGGGAUAGUGAAUGCAGGAAACCUCCCAGUAUAUGAUGAUAUCCACAAGGAACUUCUUCAGCUCUGUGAAGACCUCAUCUGGAAUAAAGACCCUGAAGCCACUGAGAAGCUCUUACAUUAUGCCCAGACUCAUGGCAAAGGAGGGAAGAAGGUCAUUCAGACCGAUGAGUGGAGGAACAGUCCCAUUGAACAACGGCUAGAGUAUGCUCUUGUGAAGGGCAUUGAAAAAUAUAUUAUCCAGGAUACUGAGGAAGCCAGGUUAAAUCAGGAAAAAUAUCCCCGACCUCUGAAUAUAAUCGAAGGACCCCUGAUGAAUGGCAUGAAAGUUGUUGGUGAUCUUUUUGGAGCUGGAAAAAUGUUUCUACCUCAGGUUAUAAAGUCAGCUCGGGUCAUGAAGAAGGCUGUUGGCCACCUUAUCCCCUUUAUGGAAAAAGAAAGAGAAGAAAACAGAGUGCUUAAUUGCACAGUAGAAGAAGAGGACCCUUAUCAAGGCACCAUUGUGCUAGCCACUGUGAAAGGUGAUGUGCACGACAUAGGAAAGAACAUAGUUGGAGUGGUCCUUGGCUGCAAUAAUUUCAGAGUGAUUGAUUUAGGAGUCAUGACUCCCUGCGAUAAGAUACUGAAAGCUGCUCUUGACCACAAAGCAGACAUAAUUGGCCUGUCAGGACUCAUCACUCCUUCCCUAGAUGAAAUGAUUUUUGUUGCCAAGGAAAUGGAGAGGUUAGCUAUAAAGAUUCCAUUGUUGAUUGGAGGAGCAACCACUUCUAGAACCCACACAGCAGUUAAAAUAGCUCCAAGAUACAGCGCGCCUGUGAUCCACGUCCUGGAUGCAUCCAAGAGUGUGGUGGUGUGUUCUCAACUAUUAGACGAAAAUCUAAAAGAUGAAUUCUUUGAAGAAAUCAUGGAAGAAUAUGAAGAUAUUAGACAGGACCAUUAUGAGAAUCUCAAGGAGAGGAAAUACCUACCCUUAAAUCAAGCCAGAAAAAAUGGUUUCCAUAUUGACUGGUUGACAGAACCUCACCCAGUGAAGCCCAUGUUUAUCGGGACCCGGGUCUUUGAAGACUAUGACCUGCAGAAGCUGGUGGACUACAUUGACUGGAAGCCUUUCUUUGAUGUCUGGCAGCUCCGUGGCAAGUACCCGAAUCGAGGCUUUCCCAAGAUAUUUAACGACAAAACAGUAGGUGAAGAGGCCAGAAAGGUGUAUGAUGAUGCCCAGAGUAUGCUGAGCGCACUGAUUGGUCAAAGGAAGCUCCAGGCCAGGGGUGUGGUUGGGUUCUGGCCAGCGCAGAGUGUCCAGGACGACAUCCACCUGUAUGCAGAGGGUGUGGUGCCUCAGGCUGCGGAGCCCAUAGCCACCUUUCAUGGGUUGAGGCAGCAGGCUGAGAAGGACUCUGCCAGCACAGACUCAUACCAGUGCCUCUCGGACUUCAUUGCUCCUCUGCAUUCUGGGAUCCGGGACUACUUGGGCCUGUUUGCUGUUGCAUGUUUUGGGGUGGAAGAGCUGAGCAAGGCCUAUGAGGACCAGGGCGAUGACUACAGCAGCAUCAUGGUCAAGGCGCUGGGGGAUCGGCUGGCAGAGGCCUUUGCAGAGGAGCUGCAUGAGAGGGUUCGCAGAGAAUUCUGGGCCUACUGCAGCAGUGAGCAGCUGAGCGUCCCGGACCUGCGCAAGCUCCGGUAUGAGGGGAUCCGGCCAGCUCCCGGCUACCCCAGCCAGCCUGACCACACUGAGAAGCUCACCAUGUGGAGACUGGCUGACAUCGAGCAGUGCACAGGCAUCAGGUUGACAGAGUCUUUGGCAAUGGCACCCGCCUCUGCAGUGUCGGGCCUCUAUUUCUCCAAUCUGCAGUCCAAAUAUUUUGCUGUGGGGAAAAUUUCCAAGGAUCAGGUUGAAGAUUAUGCUCUGAGGAAGAACAUGACUGUGGCUGACGUGGAGAAAUGGCUUGGACCCAUCUUGGGAUAUGAUACAGACUAACUUUUCCUCCUGCCCGCCCUCCUCCUCUUAACCUUCUGUGUGCUUGCUCACCUCAAAGAGAGAUAAUCCAAAGUGCCUUAAAAACAACAACAAAGGCCUGAGUGCAUCUGGUCAGCACAGCCCUGCUUCUAGCUUUGGAAACUAUCCUGGAGAUGCUAUGGAGGAACGGGGCUUCUGGGGAUUUCUGGAAGACAUCGCUGUUUUUAGGUACCUUGAAUGAGUAGCAGUGAGGUUUCGUGGCUCUCAUGGUGUCCCUGGUACCUGGGGACUGGACAARCUGGAAACAGGUCUUUUGCAUUUCAAAGCAAGUCAGCCUGCUUCUUCUCCAUUUUACCUUGGAUCUAGGAGGGAACUCACUCCUCCUAGAAAAUAAGCCUGCAACCUGGUUGGAAUAGAGAAAUGUAACCCUGGGGCAGAGUGCCACUGUGAGAAAUGGGGUGUUUAAUCUAAAUGGUCCCAACAGCAGACUCUGACAGGAAAGAGAGUAUCUCUGCUCUCUUGGAAAGACUUCAUUUUCUAAGGCUCAGCUAAAUGGCUGCAGAACUCCUUUUGGCUAAGGCAUCUCACUGCUUGCAUGUCAGAAGUAUUGAGCUGUUUGCCCUGGUGUGCUGAGUGCAGUCACGCUCUCCAAGCUUUUUUUGUGUGUGUGCUCCCACAAUUUCCUAAUCCCUUCCCUGAGGGGGGAUAAAAGGAAGUGGAGAAGGAGUGGCAGUUAAGGGUGGUUCAUGUCUUUUAAUUGUCUUCAGAAUUGAGCAGAUUCUUAGCUCAGCUGCAGUGACCUUUGCAGAGUUGGACUGUGGACAGUCUGAUGUCAUUCAAUUCUUCUUUUUCUAUACUGAUCUAACUCGAAACUCAUAUAGUUUAGAAAUAGCAUAUUGACUUGUUCUKGGCCAUUUUAGGGGAAAUGGUAAGCGCAUGGACUUCGAAGUCAGAUAUACGUGGACUCAAAUUUCAGCUUUGGCUACUUAAUUGCUGUGUGAUAUAAGUAAAUUACUUAGACUUUCCAAUAUGCUUUCUCAUCUGUAAAGUGAGAAUAAAGAGUGGUUUUUGUCUCAUUGACAUGAGAUGCAGACUAAAGGACAUGAUGCAUGUGGGACAAUUCACAUGGCAUCUGACACACAGCAAGUUCUUAAUAAAUGGUAGCUUCUGUGGAGUUCUGUAGGUAGCCCCCAGACUCCUCAUGUAGCAGGUGCUCCUGAAAAGAGAACAAGAGGUUAACAGAGGGCAAAAGAAUGGGGAAAUUUUGCAUCGUCAUGACGGGACUGAACCUGCUGGAUCAGGGGUUCAGACCUCAUUUGACUGGGAAAGAGAAUCUGCCUCCUAUGUUAUGUGCUUCAUUGGGACUCACUCACUGUGAGCCAAACAUCCUCACUUAUCUCACUGCAUAUCAGCUGGCCAUGCCCCUAAAGCAGUGGUAUGUUGAGGUUUGUUGGAGGUGAAAGGGGGAAAAUAAAAAGACUUGGGAAAUAAUUCUGCGUAGCAGCCAUAGCAUGUAUGUGUUUAUUGGAGAGCAGCAUACAUUUCCAGUAUCGMGUACCCCUAAAGUGAAGGUGAUUGUGUACUUUCUUUAGGUACACUUAACUUGUUUCAGAUUGAGAAUAGCACUUGGUGUCCUGAGCCACUUAGUUGGAGAACUUACUUCCUGUUCCAUAGCAGGUAUAUUAUUUAGGCUUUGGGACAUUCUUCUUCGGGAAAAAGAAACCUCCUUCAAAUAUGUUAAUAUAUUUUAUUUGAAUAGUUACUAAGAGUGUCCUGAUUGUUAAGUACUUGCCAUAUCUUCUCUCAGCUGGUUUGAGAUAGAGUGGCUUUCUUGAAUGUGAUGUCAGGCUAAUCCCAUGAAAGAUCUGUUUCUAAAGACAAAAAUUUUGUAAGUUCAAGUACCUGUGUGAUCAUUAAGAAUAAAAUACAACCUAAAGGCACCCUCCUGGGUUUAUCUCAGGUGCCAGARAAGCAGGACUUCAAAGGCAGGGAGUUUAGUGACAUUCUAGACUCAGGUCUUCCCUGUGUGGCUGACUCAAUCCACAACCUCUUCCAUUGUCAGCAUCUGGGACUGACGUGAACUGCGCGCUUAGCACCUCCGCAUUCACUAAGGCUCCAUGUAAACUUUUCCCUCUAAAGAAUUGUCCCCAUUUUGCUGCUGGUUCUGCUGUUACUGAGGAGGCUGGUGGUUGAGCUCAGGUCUUAAAUACUAUUUSUCCUUUGAGCCAUUCUGCUAGCCGCCACCCUUCGUACAGUGAACUCAUGGAGAACAGUCAGGCAUGCCGUCAGCAGACGUAGGGUACCUCGCCCCUGCCAGCCAUCUUCUCCUCACGUUCUCUGUAAUGCAUACACAUACACAAACCCCUGCCCUGUGCUUUCUCAUUACUCCUGCCACUAGGGACCUCGUGAUUAUUAGUCCCAGGGUCCUUUGCAAYAGGUUUUCUUUUCUUUGGUUUUAGACAGUAUUGACCAGUUUUUCAAAAAUUUCUCUACACUGGUUCCCCCUUGACAUUCCUUCUCUGGUUAACCUUCUAUAUUUAUGAUAAUGUAUCAACCCUUUUCAUAACUCUCUCUGCCCACUGAAACUCUCAUGUCCCCAGCAGUUGGUCAGCAGUGGCCUCUCAGGCAGUGCUGUCUGAGAGGGGAGGCUGUCCAGUYGAUAGCUGCACUUCUCUCCAUCUAGACUUCCCUCUGCUGAUGGACAUGGUGAUGCUCAGCUGCUUCCCGAGGACAUACUUGGGUCUCACCCUGUGUCCCAAACCCUGUCUUUGAUGCCUCAUUUUAACCCCAGCACAUUCACUGACAGGGAGAGAUGCUUCUGCCCAAGCCACAAGUCUCAGGCUUACCCAUAAUCUUUUUUUAGAACUUUGCACUUAAAKAUGCACUUAUCCUACUUGAGAUGGAUGGUGGUAGAUUUAUUCAGGAACACAGUGAUUGAAUCCUGGUUUAACAUUUGAAGAAUAAAGAGUUGGGCACAGUGGUGCACUCCUGUAAUCCCAGCAGCUCAGGAGGCUAAGGUAGGAGGAUCACAAGUUCAA